ACUCUUUCUUUGCUCUUGGUUGCAUUUAUGCGUUCGCUUUGUCACGUUGAAUAUUCCUCUGAUUAAAAAUUCUCAAGUCUUUGUUGGUUGUGUAGGUUUUAUCGUUACAGGUUUAUUGAUUAGUGUAAUCGACCAUGACAUUUAUCUUCAUCUUUAUGUAUCUUCGUAUAACUUCUUGUCUUAUGGAGUUUUCUGUUUUUAUCUCUGCUAACCAUGACCAACAUGGAAUAUAUUCUUAGGAAUUAAACACUUUGCUUUUUGUCUUUAAUGUGAUACAGCCAAAGGGAUUUCACAUGCUUCAUGUGAUCAAAAGGAGAAUUGAUUAAUAUGGAACUUGGUCUUCGUAUUAUAUGUGGUGCGAAAUCCGGUCAGCAUGGGUGAAUGGAUUGCUGAAAGUACGAUUGGUAAAUGGCAGCAUAGACUUGAUUCAUCUGGUCAUGAACGUUUAGAUGAUGAACACAGAUUAGAAGGAAAGCAAUACAGUUGUGAAGGAAGGUCUUAUGUAUGGCAGAAGAACAAGUCUGACUCGUCGCAUAUGUAUGAUCCUUUUCGCGAAGAUGAGCCGCGAGUUUGUGCUCUUGAGAGCUUGAACCCAAACAGCACAAUGAGGAAGAAGUUGUGUAAGGGCCAGAGCUUUGAUACCAGUGAUAUAGAGUUCAAUGUUGGUGUUCUUUACAACUAUCCAAGCAGCCUUCCCCCAGAGAGUGACUUAGAAGAAUACUUUGUGUUUGAUGAUAUCCAUGGUGACCCUUAUGACCCAGUGAAAGGGGAUGAAUAUUUAUUGUGCCUGGACUUUUCUGGUGAUGUCUCUGAUGCUGUUUUGACAGUCAUGGGGAAGCACAGGAGAAAAUGGAGGUUCAUGAGGGCCAAGCAGCACAGACUGGGCCAACGCCAACCUGUCCGUGUUGAUAGCAUAGAAGACACUUUGAACAAACUUAAAAAGUCUGAUGGACCUGGUAAGCCAAAGACGCUGGUGAUACCAAAGUCAAAUACCACAUCAGCCAUCGGAACAAGGGACGGAGAUAAGACUCCCUGUGGUGCCUUUAGACCGAUCCAAUCAGACCCAGCGUUGGGCACCCAGAUGGAAAAUCUUUCCAAAGAAACAUCCACUCAGUGCAAUGUUCAAAAGACAAACACCCGAGGAGUAAAAGGUGGCAUGCUGAACAGGCAAAAGAGAACCAUGUCGAUGCCUGAGCCACCGACUAAGGGCAAGCUCAAGAAACUACAAAGUCAGAUAUCAUCAGUAUUCAAGAAGCGGGAGAGCUACCCCCAUGACGAAGCUUAUACCAGAUACUCCAGGAAGCGAUAUGUUUCUUCUUCUUCCUCUUCAUCUUCAGAGACCUCCCCCAUCAUUGUAUCCUACCUUUCAUCACCAGAAGACUGUGAGGAUUUGGAACCGUUCGGAAAAAUAGACAUUGAUGUCGAGGAGCUAGAGAAGGAAGCAAGUGAAUUUGAGGACAUUGUCGAACCGCGGUGGGUGUCUCAAUCAAGUAUUUUAUUGACACAUGGUCUGGUUCAUCAAAACAGUCAAGAGGAAUGUACAGAGACUGAUGAAUGGUUUGUUUCAAAGUCAGGAGAGUACAUGUACUUGAUCAAAGAUUCAGAUGCGGACGGUGAAGGGAUGGGAUUGUCAAGCAGCACACAUGAUUCAUCUGCAGUCAAUGUUGAAUCAAUUCCUGAGAGUCAUGCUGCCAUCAGUGGUGAAAUAGAGACAGGUUCUGCUGCUAGCAGUUGUUGUAGGGAAAGAUCAGGAGGUGUUAGUGGAAGUGAUGCUCAGCUGCGGAUCUCCCGGCAUUGUACUUCUUCACUCACUUUAGGGACCAUGAAUAAUGAAUUCCAAUUAACCGAAGCAAAACUUGGUGCUGUAAGCCCAGACACCGUCGGCCCCGGGGCAGUAGUUCAGGCUCAUGGGCUUGUUGAAUUGUGCAGUCACAGUGACGAUAUCAUUAAUCAUGAGACUCCCGUAGCGGAGAUUUCAGAGCAAGGGUAUGUGACUGCUCCAGAAACACACAAUACACCUGAAUGUCAGGAAUCUGUGCCAUGCAAUGAUGAUGAUGAAAACGACAACACUAGCGUUUAUUCUUCAUGCGACGACGAAACCAUGACUGGAAAACUUUCCAGGGACGUACACGUGCCUUCUCCAGGUAUAGUCAGCAUGGAUACGGAGAAUGUGAUCGUCACUGCCUCGUUGCCGGUCGGUGCUAACUUGGUGCCUAAACCGGACUCCAUGCCCAUGUUGAUGGAUGCUCCUCCCCCUGGGGACACCACGCCUUUGGAUGGAGACCAUUCUGAGAAGGAUGGUGGCAAACCUGAAGGAGCGGAAGAAGGUCAAGAAGGCCAACAGGAGGACGGGGACGUGAACUACAGUCAACAUGUUGCUGCAUCUCUCGUCAACAACACCAUGGCCAUCAUGCUUCUUGUAGACCACAAGUUGACCUCUGGGUCAUUCCAUUUCUCACCUUCCACAGAAGAUUUGGAACAAGAUGAAAGGCCCUUUGAAGGUGGUCCCGACGACGAUGACAUUGACGCAGUCCAGUUCCAGUACCAAGACCCAGAUGAGAACCUGGAGGAGGAUAACCUGCUGAUGGCCAGGACCGUACACUACAUGAGACGACAGAACCAGGAACUAGAAAGGUAGGACCUGGACCUCAUUUUAUUCCUUAUCCCACUCUUGCAAAAUGAUGGCAUCUCCACCUAUAGGGGUGUUUCACAUGAUACUGUUACAGCUAUCUAUGAGUUUUUCGAAUUCAUGACUGAAAUAUUAACGGCCAAGGAGGGGAACAACGUUAUAUCCCAUAUUUUUCUAGUCAUGACAAAAAUUUGACUGUAUUUAAAAUGAUGGAAUUCAAAUGUGACACAUAACACGCUUUGUGUUUUAUUGAUCUCUACAUUAAGAAUGUUAAUCAAGAUUUUCACAUGAAACUUCAACCAAUGAAAACGGGUGUGAAACCGAUUUUGGCUUUCCAAUUCAAUCCUUCACAAAGUCCUUUGUAACUUUUUUGAAGAUCAUUGUGAAACACCCCCACCUCUGAAAAUAUAUGUAGUUUUAUUUCUCCCUUAAAACUUUUUAUAACAAGAUAUUUAUAACUCAACAACCAAUGGGACUAAAAAUAAGUGUAAAACCAAUUUUGGAUUUGCAAUUCAGUUCAGUUCUUCUUAAAAUCCUUCAUAAAGUCCUUUGUAACUUUGCAAACAACACUGUGAAACACCCCUCCCCUCAAAAUAUGGUCCCAUGGCAGUUGCUCUGGCGACAAUUGCUCUGAUGCAAAAUCUGCAUGUCAAUCCAAACAUAAAACCUAACCUCCAAAACUAAAUGAAACCCAGUCCUAAUAUUUACAUUAUUCUGAGCCAAAAAGUGUAUUAUUACACUCCUAACCCU